AUGGGUUGGAUCCUCGGAGAAAAGUUCAACACUGUUUACCCACACAAGGGUUCUAUCAAGGUCUUGUGGGAGACUCGUUGGAAGUUUGCCUGCGAGAAAUCCAUCUACCCCUUCCAUGAUGGCAAUAUUGAGGACUUUGAGCCUAUCUUCCAACAGUUGAUUGAGAAAAACAUCAAUGACGCAUCUACAGAUGAAUACACCCAUACCUUCCUCCCUGUAGCCUCCAACCUCGAAAAGAAAGCCGAGGAAGCUAUCCGCAACAACCAAACAGACAAAGCAUCCGACUAUCUCCGUCGUGCCGCCGUUGUCUACCGCAUCUCUCGCUUCCCUUACAUCGACUACACAAACAAGAAUGACAAAGACGAUAUCAAAUGGUAUGCCUUCAACCGCCAGAAGGAGGCCUACCUGAGAGCUGCCUCUUUCUGGAAGCCUACCAUCAACGAAGUCAUCAUCCCCCACACCCACCGCGCCUCCAUCGAUGGCGAGCAUAUUCCCAUCUACACGCGCUUCCCAGAAGAGGCUUGCGCGGGCAACCCCGUUCCUGUUGUGCUGUUGUUGACAGGUCUUGAUGGAUAUAGGCCUGACAACAGCCAGCGUACACAUGAGAUCAUCUCGCGCGGCUGGGCGGCGGUUGUCUGUGAGAUCCCAGGGACAGCAGAUUGUCCCGCUGAUGCGGCGGAUCCGGACUCACCAGAUCGGUUGUUGAGCAGUGUGCUUGACUACAUGGCGGGAAGACCGGAGUUGGAUACCAACAAGGUUGUUGUUUGGGGGUUAAGUGCGGGUGGUUUCUAUGCUAUUCGCGCGGCGCAUACGCACCGUGCAAGAUUGGCUGGUGCGAUUGCCCACGGCCCCGGAAGUCAUUACUUCUUGGAUCCGGAGUGGUUGAGCAAAGUCAACGAUCAUGAGUAUCCGUUCUUGUUGACUCCCGCCUGGGCUAAGAAAUAUGGCUACGACAACGACGCCGAUUUCGCCAAAUACGCACAGAAAAAAUUUUCCCUCGUGGAGACUGGUAUCGUCGACCAGCCCAGCUGCAGACUUCUGCUUUUGAACGGUGUCAACGACGGUGUUACUCCUAUCGAGGACUGUAUGGUUCUCUUUAACCAUGGCAGCUCGCCCAAAGAGGGACGGUUUUUCGAGGGUCUGCCACACAUGGGAUACCCAAAUAGCUUGCCGGUGUCGUAUCAAUGGUUAGAGGAAGUUCUUGGGAAGAAAGAUGUGAAGAAUUAGGCAUUGUGUGAAUAGUAUUAGUAUAUAGUGAAGUCAUCACUAACAUUACACGGAG